AUGGCGGAAUCCUACUGCAAUAGGGCCCGCACCAUCCGAGCGGAGCUGCUGACCAUUGGACAGGAGGUCCACAUGGCCACGUUUGCCGCCCACGUGCUGAAGGGCCUACCACCGGAGUACGGAUUUCUUCGCCGCAAGCUCGAAAUUUCCAGCCCUGACAUGACGGUGGAACGCGUGUGCAGCAAGGUGUUGAUGGAGGAGCAGACUCUCUCCAUCGAACAGAGUUACAAGCAGAUCACAAGCGAUGCAUCUGCUUUCUCGGGCGCUGUCAACACCACCGUGGCUACAACGGGGAUCAACGGGAAGGAAGGAAAAGGGAGAAGGGAGCAGACGGACAAGAAGAAGGAUGGCAAGCGGGAGAAGAAGCGAGCCCUCUUCAAGGGGCGCUGCUACAACGGCAAUGAGGAGGGGCACAUGGCUGCCAAGUGCCCCAAUAAGAAGAAAGAUACAAUGCCCGCGGCAGCCGCGAACGUAGCCGAAGGAGACGGGAAGGGCGUGGCGCUCACCGUCGCGUGUUCGGCUGCAAAGUUGCUGGCCGACGACAAGGACUUGUGGACCAGCAAGGAACGGUGCAACGGCUGCAGCGGCAUGCAACGGCACGGCGGCUGCAAUGGCAUGCAUCUGCAAUGGCGGGUGGAGCGGCGAGCAACGGCACGGGGGUUGCAUCGGCAUGCAACGGCAAGCAACGGCACGGCGAAGGAGAUUGCUGAUGUGGCAUCAAGCAAGCCGGAAGCUAAAGAUGGAGCGGCCAGCCUCAAGAUGUACGCGGUGGGCUCCAAGGCAACGCCCAACCUGUGGCACGCUCGCCUUGGACACGUACUUCGAUGCGGUGAAGCGGACAGCCACGAGCGGUGGCGUGUUCGAAUCCGCCGCCACCACGUACCGUCAUCGUGGUCCCAGUACCGUCUGUGCAAGGGGGCGAGAAACCCCUUUGAACGCUCGGUGGGCCCUUUGGGCAGCAAGGCACCUACUGCACCUCCUCCUCUUGGUCCACCCUCCAUUGCUGAUUCGGCGCCCGUAGGACCAGAGGAUGGUCCUCUGGAGGUUGACACCAGCAUGGCUGAUUACGAGGAGGAAGAAGAAGUAGCAGUGGAUGAGCAGUCACCAAUGGCCCAUGAGCAUGAGCCUUCACCUGCAGUUCCCCCCUUCCAGCCCAUUCCACCACCCCCACGUCGCUCCAGCCGGCCUAACAAGGGGGUGCCACCCGUACGGUUUCAGCCAUCAGCCAUGAUGGCCCUGGAUGCGGAUGAUGAGGACAACCCGUACGACGUGGCAUACCUUGCUGAGGACGAGUGCGACACGGACAGCGAUGACGAAGUGGAGUACCCGGACGCGGAUGAGGAGGAGGAAGGCGCUUGGGGAGGUGUCAUCCUCGACCUAGCAGCUGCGUUGACCGGACCUGAAGGCAAGGAAUUGUGGGCUGCUAUGAAGGAGGAGAUGGAGAGCCUUGAUGAGCAAGGCACUUGGACGCUGGCUGACCUACCUGAAGGUCGCAAAACUGGGUACAAGAAGAGCCUUGUGGACCAGGCCCUAUACUACAAGGAUGGGGCAAGCGGGAAGCGUGUGUGGCUGCUAAUCUACGUGGAUGACCUGCUAGCGGCAAGUGAAGACCAGCAGCUUCUGCAGGACCUGAAGGGGCUGCUGGCCAAGGCGUUUCAGCUCCGUGAGGUGGAGCCAGUGGAGCGCUACCUGGGGCUGCAGAUUGAGCAAGAUCGCCCCAACAGGACACUCUUCCUGCACCAGAAUGCGUACGUGGCAAAGGUGCAGCAGCGGUUCUUCAAGGGAGCGCCACCAAAGAAGCAGCCGAUCACUCCUCUCUCCUCUGCCAGCUUUGCCAAGCAGGAUGCCAGGCAGUUUACCAACCGUACCAUGACCGAGUUCUUGUCAAUUCUCGGCAUGGUGCAGUUUGCAGCCAUCGCAACCCGUCCUAACCUCUCUUUUGCAUGCAGUCGCCUUGCAGCAGGUGCAUACCUCAGGACCAAUGCGCAUUGGCAUGAGCUCUUCCGCACACUCUCCUAUUGGGCUGCCUCACCGGACAAGGGAGGACCAGAGAGUUUGACUCUCGUAGGGACAGAUUGGGGAUAG